AUGUACGCCGGAGGCGGAUCUGGUGCUAUCUCGCCUGUGUCUUCCAUCUCUCCUGAAGAUGCAUUCUGUCAUCAGGCAUCUAUCGAUGGCACUAUCUUGUAUACGGACUCUACCUCGGAAAACCCUGUGGUCAAAGACUCUAACAACCCAUGCUUGGUGUUCAUCAAUUCUCAGUUUAGUGAAGACUGGGACCGCAGUACACUUGCAGAUGUCUACUCUGACACGCUCGUAAUCAAUGUUGCUUCUCAAUGCAAGAACACAAUGGCUUUUAUCCACAACGCAGGCGUCCGUCUGGUUGACCGCUGGAUCGAGCAUCCAAACAUCACCGCAGUCAUCUUUGCCGAUCUGCCAGGUCAGUACAGUGGUAAUUCAUUGACAGAGAUUGUAUAUGGUCGUCAACCGCCAUCUGGACGCCUUCCUUUCACAGUCGCCAAGAACGAGUCUGAUCAUGGCAGUUUGUUGAGGCCGACACUGCCUGACAGAAGCAAUCCUCAAUACUCGCAGUCUGACUUUACUCAAGGUCUAUUUAUCGACUACAGACGGUUCAUCCAGACAACCAUCACGCCGCGUUUUGUGUUUGGUUACGGUCUGACAUAUUCGAGUUUUGACUACUCUUCACUGAAGAUCUCUGUCAACGCGAGUGCUGUUCGCUCAUCUGCACCUCCUGGCACAACGAUAGGUAUUGCUCCAGAAGGUGAUGUAACGUCUCUUUACGACAAUAUCGCCACAGUAUCCAUCUCCUUCAAGAACACUGGUACCGUAGCUGCUGCUGAAGUAGCUCUGCUAUACAUCGGUGUUCCUGGCAGCGGUGUUCCCAAAGUUCUGCGUGGGUUCGAGAAGCAGUUGAUACAGCCUGGUGCGGGUGUAGUCAUGAGUUUUUCGCCGAGGAGAAGAGAUCUAAGCAUUUGGGACGUUGUUACACAACAAUGGGUCUUACCUUCUGGUGACUUCAGUGUUAUGGUUGGGAAGAGUGUCUUGGAUAUCCAGGUCCAGGGUAUCUUGACCAUGUAG